AUGGGUCAUAGGACACAGUUUAUAGACAUAUGUAACAUUAAAAUCAGGAAUAAUGAAAUCUUUGCGCAGACUUCCGCGGGCGCCAUGAGCAGACGGACCUCGCUUGUUCUGAUUUUGUCCCUCCUUGUUCAGGGUAGUCUUCAACAAUACGGGCACCUGGAGGAUCCACCCGCGCGCGGAUCUAUGUGGCGGUAUGGAUUUAACACACCUGUUAAUAAUGAGGACAAUUCCCUGAAUUGUGGAGGGAAACAGGUUCAGAUGAAGAACCAGGGUCGAUGUGGGGUCUGUGGCGAUGCCUACGAUGGAAUUCGUGCCCAUGAGUAUGGAGGAAAGUACGCCACUGGACUCAUAUCUAAAUCAUUCCCUCUAGGAACGGAGCAGAUACAAAUCAUUGUCCGAAAUGUCAGUCCACAACUCGGAAGUUACGAAUUCCGGAUUUGUUCUAAGGAUAAUCUUCCUGGAGGUGUAACUCAGGCGUGUCUUGAUCAGAACGUGCUGCUUGUGAGGGAUGACACUUCAGUAAAUUCUGAUUUUCGCUCAAGGUAUUAUGUGACUCCGUCGAUUAGGAACAUGCUUAAUCAUAGAAUAAUCGCCAAACUUCCUACUGGAUUUACCUGUGUACACUGUGUUUUACAGUGGAAAUUUUUAUCAGUGCCAGACAGAGAUGGAUAUAGGGAGGAAUAUGUAAACUGUGCUGAUAUAAGUAUUGGCAGGAAACCAUCUAUGACAGGGACGGGGACUGUUUUUCAGGAAUCGGGGACCGUAGGUACAAACAAUUCAGGAAAUUCAGGAAAUUCAUCCGUAGCCGACAUGACAAAUUCAGAACUUCUGGAAGCAUUACUUGUUUUAGCGGACAUAGAACCAGUGCCAAACAAAGUCACGCCGCUUUCCAAUCCAAUGAGUCCAGGUGCUCAGCAAGAAAAAAAUAUUCCAAAGCACGAACAACUGAUACAGCAGCUGCAAAGCUUGGGUGUUCUUGUACCAAUUGAUUCACCAAAUCAAGGAAGUCCGAAUGCAGUAGAAACAUUGCUUUCACCACCAGAUGCCCAAGUAAAUCCUGACUAUUUCUUGGAACAGUUACAAGAUUUAGGAGUACUGGUACCUGUCGAUCCAAGUCCUUCUGCAUUACAACAAACAAAGAUGGCCCCUUCUGGACAAACCACUUCCUCUGCUCGUUCAAUACAAUCUCUGGUUCCAGACACCGCCCAGUUACCUUCUUCAUCCCCAGAACAGCUCGUUCAACCAUUAAAAGAUAUUGGUGUAUUGGUUCCAGUUGAUGAAGUUCUCAGCUCCGGACAGGCUAAUCAAAAUGCUUUUAACAAACAAGACUCUAAAAUGCAAAAUGUUCGUGAAAACGAACUUGCAAAACAAUUACAUGGAUUGGGAGUAAUUGUUCCAGUUGGACAUGUUGUUCAGUCUCCGAAUUUACUAGCCAAUAAGGACUCUCCAGCUGUCCCUGUGAACAAUGUUCAAUUGACUGCUCCCAGUUCAAACAACAUAAAACCAACAAAUUCAUUUUCUUCUAGUUCAAGGAGUUUCCAAUCUAAUAAUUUUCAUUCGUCUCAGAAAUCACAAAACACACAAAAUCAACAUCGUACAUCUCAGCUUGGUGACAUUUUUAAUUCUAAUGUCGUACGUCAGAAUCAAUUGUCAAGAUCUGAACAACUGCAGGAAAAAAGCUCCAAGUUCACAUCUUCUCAGGGUGAAAUGUCAUCCUUUCUAUCGCCAACAAAAACGGAAACUCACAUGGAAUCAUCAAAAAUGUUUUCAUCUUCAUCUUCAUUCAGAAGCAGUGGAUUUACUGUUAGUAGUGGGAGUGAGAUGAUUCGCGGGGAACCGCGGGAGGUUAAUUCUAAAUUUGGAAAUUUUGGAAGUGUCCAGAGUAGAGAUCAACAGCAGUCAUUGGGGAGAACUAUGCAGAGAAGUAAUCAACAGUUAUCUACUUCAAACCAAAUACAAAGCUCGGCCACGGGACAUAAUGCAUUUGGAUCACAAAAUAAUUUAAAAAGCUUUCAAAACAAUCAAAUGUCCCAUUCGUCAAACUUUCAGCAAGGAAGCAAUUUUGCAAUCAGUUUUUCUUCAAAGGGUUCUGCGAACAACUUGUCACCAUCAAUUUGGAAAAGUAAAAAUAGACCCCAGUCUUUAUCUCAAAAUUUUCAGAGCAGCACUGCUGAGGUAGGUGGCUUUGGACUUAGUGGUAAUAACAAGAAUUCUUUGUCACAAAAUGGCGGAGCUUUCCUCGGAGAUGUUGUACAAGGAUCAGAUAAGAGAAAUAACGGCAUUCAAAGUUUAUCCAGAUCUGACAGCGCUCUCUCCAGUCCUGCUGGCUCACUUAGUUCAAAAAGCCAGUCACAGUCCAAAGGAUUUCACACCCAGGAAAGUCAUACAUCUCAAGUAAUCUCUAGUGCUGAUCUGUCUGGAAAUAUUGAGAAUGAAAAGAUUAAAUCUUCAAAAGAUACGCUUACUAGCUUAUCAAUAAAGAAGCCGAAAAAAGAAUCAAUUAGCAAUGUCAUCAAUCUAUCAGCAUCGACAUCUGUUAAGCAAAAAGAACAGGGGCAAACUAUCUUUAGUUCAUCAGCAAUAGUAGACGCAUUUGGAAAUGUUGCAAAAACGACACAAACUGAAUCGUCAGGUAUCGCAGAUAAACAACAUACAGUGUCCAAGACUGAGAAAAUCGGAUCAUUAAAGCAUCUUGAGAGCACGACAGUAUCGUUUUCAAAUAGUUUUUCUGCAAAAAAUAAUGAACUUACCAACACUAAGACAGAUGUGGACUCGCUCGGAAUAAAUUUCUCCAAAAUGAAAUCAAAAAACUCACCAAUAGCUGACAACUUGAAAUUUAUCGAAAACACAAAUUCUAAAACUGAUAUUUUUACAAACAUAGAGACAUCUAGCAAAUUACCAAAUGUGGAUGUUUUUGGCAACAUUGUAAACACAGAAGCCGAGGUAUUCAACCCCCCAUUGGUGAAUUCCGAGGGAAAUUUGUUUCAAAAUCCCACAGAUAACCUCAUAAAAUCUGCAAAUAUUACAGAAACAAGUGAGAAUAAAGCCGUCAAGGAAAAUCAACAAAAAUCAACUAAACCUGAUAUGAACUUGAAAAGUACUCUAGCUCCCACUACACCAAAAAACGAAAAAGAAAUGUUAACAAUCCAAGUACCGUCGCUUGAUAUGCUUAUGCCCAUUCAGUUAACAACACCACCUCUAAUUCAAAGUAAUUCUAUAAUAACAACAGUCCCAUCUGUAAUCGAUGUUACAAAAACACCUAAAGAUAAUUUGAACCCAUCUCCACUUUCGACUGUUGGUCCAUCCUUCCGCCAAAUACCCCUAGAAUCCAUCAACAACUCACCCGCGUUCCCCUCAGUUGAAAAAUCUAAACACAACCCAACUUCGAUUGCAUCGUCUCUUCCGAGCUCGGUAAAUGAAACAUGGGGAACCAAGGAAAAACUGAUUGACCAGCAAGGAAAAGAAAGUACUUGGGUGUCACCGAAUGAACUUAAAACCCUUCAUUCAGUUCCUUCAAAUAAAUUCCUUGAUCCGUCGUUUGACCCGAAUAUACACUUACAAAGCACAUCGGAGAGUACAGUUCAAAAUGUUCCAGUGAGAAAUAGUAAUCACAACGUGCACAAUGUACGUCAUAGAUUAGACCCUGCCUUGUUUGGUAUUGGGGCUGUCCCUAAAUUCGAUGCACAAAUUCCAUCAUCUAAGAUUGUUUCUCCAAUAGCUCAUCAAACAAUACGACCCUUGAAGCCUAGCAUUCCCCAGUCCAAACAAUCACCAGUAUCAUUCAGAAGACAUGGCUUAACUAUACAAAAAUCAGUUAUUCAAACAAAAUAUGUUCAGAGUCCAUCUUCAUCUGUACCUCUUCCACCUUUAGACAGUCUUUUUAAAGAUUCAAGAACUAUUCAAAAACCAAAAACCAAAGCUAUUCAAAGACCAACAGCACCAAAGACUAUUAACCAAUCACAGAGAAAAACAAAUAUUCAAGGGAGUCCGCAACAAAUACCAGAAAAUACGGCGCGGGUUGAAGUCGUAGUUCGAAACCCUGCGGAUUCCAUAAAAUUCUUUUCGACUAUAAAUAGUUUUCCUCUAGCACGAAGACGAAGAAUACUGAAUAUGCUCAGACAAAACCGCAUUACAAAUUUACAGUUCACUAAUCCUCAAAUGAUUACCCAUUUAGCUAAUAUGCACGUACAGAGAUUUCCUAAUCGACCACGUCCGACAGCAGCUCAGAUAUCUCAUUUUAUGCAAAGACUCUCAUCUACCUCGAAUGGUCGACGUCUUUUGAAUCAAUGGAGACAAAGAGUAGUAAAUAGAUUCCAACCACCUCAAAGAUUAGAAACAAUUGCACCACCAAUUACAGUCCAAGCAACUGCUACUCCUAAACGUGAAAAUUCAUCUCAAAGUACUUCCACAACGAACAAUUCUCAAAAUACUAAUUCGACAUUGGAAGCAUUUUUCCAGCGAAGAUUACCAGUUGCAAAUGCACAGCAACAAUUCAACUCAGCAGUAAAUUUGGUUCGACAACUUCAGCGUGAACAACAAGCCGAGGAAUUAUUACAGCAACAGCUACAAGACUAUACAAGAAAUGGACAAUUUUCUUUGGCAAGAACCGUGCUAAAUACAUUGCAAUUGCUCCAAAGAAGGAGGUCUGGAUUACUCCAACAAAUUCAGGAGCUAAGACGUGAGAUACAAACAUCCAGCAAUAGGUUACAGGCAGAAAUGAUGGGAACUCCAAAUGAAAGAGCCGUUCUGCGAUUAAGCAGAUCCCAAACGCCCUUACCUCGUUCACAACAAAGACAACAGUCGUCGCCAUCUCCCACACCACCACCUCAGCUAUCUCGGCGUGAACAGGUGCCUGCACAACAGCAGCUUGCACAAAUACAACGUCAACAAUCAUCACGACAACCUAUAAACAGAAACGGACUUCAACAAGUACUCGUUAAUAGACAAACACCUGCAGGUAGCCUUUCUACUCAACCAAGAACAUUUACAAAUAGGAAUGCACGUCUCCGAAACUUACUUAGAAGGGCUCAACGUAAUCCUUUUGCCGGCAUGAUGAACAGAAGCCAAAUAAGAACAGGGUUUCCAGUAAAUAACAGGCAAUUCUUUGGAUGA